GCAGAGCCUCACUCUGUUUUUACCUUCGUCGCCCUCUCUCUCUCUCUGUCUAAAACCCUAGCUUACCCGUCUCUCGCUUUCGCAUUUCCUGUUUCUUUGGGUUUGUUUGGGAUCAGGGUUAGAGUUUUCCAUCUAUGGCGGAGACAGAGACGUUUGCUUUCCAGGCUGAGAUCAACCAGCUUCUCAGCUUGAUCAUCAACACUUUCUACAGCAACAAAGAGAUCUUUCUCCGUGAGCUUAUCAGCAACGCUUCCGAUGCUUUGGACAAGAUUAGAUUUGAGAGCUUGACAGACAAGAGCAAGCUUGAUGCUCAGCCAGAGCUCUUCAUCCACAUUGUACCAGACAAGACUAACAACACCCUGUCAAUCAUUGACAGUGGUAUUGGUAUGACCAAGGCUGAUUUGGUGAACAAUCUUGGUACCAUUGCAAGGUCUGGGACCAAGGAAUUCAUGGAGGCAUUGGCUGCUGGUGCUGAUGUUAGCAUGAUUGGACAAUUUGGUGUUGGUUUCUACUCAGCUUACUUGGUUGCUGAGAAGGUUGUUGUCACCGCUAAGCACAAUGAUGAUGAGCAGUAUGUGUGGGAGUCCCAAGCUGGUGGGUCAUUCACUGUCACCAGGGAUGAUGCUGGGGAAAAACUUGGUAGGGGUACUAAGAUUACCCUUUUCUUGAAGGAGGACCAGCUUGAGUACCUUGAGGAGCGUCGUCUCAAGGACUUGAUCAAGAAGCACUCUGAAUUCAUUAGCUACCCAAUUUCCCUCUGGAUUGAGAAGACUACUGAGAAGGAGAUUUCUGAUGAUGAGGAUGAGGAGGAUAAGAAGGAAGAGGAAGGGAAAGUAGAGGAUGUUGAUGAAGAGAAGGAGAAGGAAGAGAAGAAAAAGAAGAAGAUUAAGGAGGUCUCACAUGAGUGGUCUUUGGUGAACAAACAGAAGCCCAUUUGGAUGAGGAAGCCUGAGGAGAUUGGCAAGGAAGAAUAUGCAGCUUUCUACAAGAGCCUUACAAAUGAUUGGGAAGAGCAUUUGGCUGUCAAGCAUUUUUCAGUUGAGGGGCAGCUUGAGUUUAAGGCUAUCCUCUUUGUUCCCAAGAGGGCACCUUUUGACCUCUUUGACACAAGGAAGAAGCCCAACAACAUCAAGCUCUAUGUCAGACGGGUCUUUAUCAUGGACAACUGUGAGGAGCUGAUUCCUGAGUACCUUGGCUUUGUGAAGGGUAUUGUUGACUCAGAGGACCUUCCUCUUAACAUCUCGAGAGAAAUGUUGCAGCAGAACAAGAUCUUGAAGGUUAUCCGCAAGAACUUAGUGAAGAAGUGCAUUGAGCUCUUCUUUGAAAUAGCUGAGAACAAGGAAGAUUACAACAAGUUCUAUGAGUCCUUCUCCAAGAACCUCAAGCUUGGUAUCCACGAGGACUCUCAGAACAGAACUAAGAUUGCUGAAUUGCUCCGAUAUCACUCCACCAAGAGUGGUGAUGAGAUGACCAGCUUGAAGGACUAUGUGACCAGAAUGAAGGAGGGUCAGAGUGACAUCUACUACAUCACUGGUGAGAGUAAGAAGGCUGUUGAGAACUCCCCAUUCCUUGAGAAGCUGAAGAAGAAGGGUUAUGAGGUACUCUUUAUGGUAGAUGCUAUUGAUGAGUAUGCUGUUGGUCAGCUCAAGGAAUUUGAGGGCAAAAAGCUUGUGUCUGCCACAAAGGAAGGUCUGAAACUUGAUGAGAGUGAGGAUGAGAAGAACAAAAAGGAAGCUUUGAAGGAAAAGUUUGAGGGUCUCUGCAAGGUUAUCAAGGACGUUUUGGGUGACAAGGUUGAGAAGGUUGUGGUCUCUGACCGUGUGGUUGAUUCUCCCUGCUGUUUGGUCACUGGUGAGUAUGGUUGGACUGCCAACAUGGAGAGAAUCAUGAAGGCCCAGGCUUUGAGGGAUAACAGCAUGGCUGGAUACAUGUCAAGCAAGAAGACCAUGGAGAUCAACCCCGAGAACCCCAUCAUGGAAGAGCUGAGAAAGAGAGCUGAUGCUGACAAGAAUGACAAGUCUGUCAAGGACCUUGUUCUCCUCCUCUUCGAGACUGCCCUCCUAACUUCUGGCUUCAGCCUUGAUGACCCCAACACCUUUGGCAACAGAAUUCACAGAAUGUUGAAACUUGGAUUGAGCAUUGAUGAGGAUGCAGGUGAAGCCGAUGCUGACAUGCCUCCAUUGGAGGAUGCUGAUGCUGAAGCCGAGGGCAGCAAGAUGGAGGAAGUUGACUAGGCCUUACAUGUUUUAAUGUUUGAACUCUUAUCUUUAUGUAGUAGUCUCAUUUUAAUUUGAAGGUACCCUUAGCUCUGGUUAUCUGAAUGGUUUUUACAUUUUCUUUGGUGCCUCCUUUGAGAGGCUUUGGUUAAUUUUGGCAAACUCUCAAAUCCUGCUUGUUUUGGAAUAUUUAUAUAGUUCUCUCUUGCCUCCCUAUGCUUAUUUA